GAACUACUUGUGACUACUUGACAUCUUGCAUUUUGAGUACGACUACAAGCACUUGCAAUUGUGUUUUAAAUAUUCUUAUUGCUGUAUAAGUAAUUAAACAGUUUAUGCCCCCUUGUCUGGUCUAUAAUGACGGGGUGGUACUACGAUAAAAAAGAAUUGCGAAAUACACCCUCUGCCCAAGAUGGUAUUGAUUACGAAACCGAAAUGCGAUACCGCAAGGAAGGGGCCCGAUUUAUUAUUAAUACUGGGGCCAAAAUGGACCUCGGUUACAACACAACAGCGACUGGGGUUGUGUAUUUUCACCGUUUCUACAUGUUUCAUUCUUUCCGUCAAUUUCCCCGGUAUGUAACAGCUUGUUGUUGCUUGUUUUUGGCUGGAAAAGUUGAAGAAACACCAAAAAAGUGUAAAGACAUUAUAAAAACCGCUCGAGGGUUGUUAUCGGAUCAGAAGUUUGCAACAUUCGGCGACGACCCGAAAGAAGAAGUAAUGACUUUGGAACGAAUUUUGUUACAAACAAUCAAAUUCGACUUGCAAGUGGAGCACCCUUACAGUUAUUUACUAAAAUACGCCAAAUGCCUCAAAGGCGACAAAAACAAACUCCAAAAAAUGGUCCAAAUGGCUUGGACUUUUGUCAACGACAGUCUUUGCACAACCCUAGCCCUGCAAUGGGAGCCCGAAAUAAUCGCAGUGGCCCUCAUGUACCUCGCUGGUAAACUCAGUCAAUUCGAGGUGGUCGACUGGGUGGGGCGCACUGCUAAACACCUGCGCUGGUGGGACAUGUUCGUCGAAGACAUUACCAUGGACCUCCUCGAAGAUAUUUGUCACCAAGUUCUCGACUUAUACUCCCAACCGAGCACUAGUCCCGCCCCGGACAGCCCCCCACUGCCUCCAAGACCCACUUCGGCCAGCCGCAAGUCGACAAAUGGCCAGGAGAAACCCGAAAUUCCCGAAAUGAUACCUCCCAUUAAUACGAAAAUUCCACCGCCCCCCGACGUCCCUCAGUAUCCUUAUCAGACAUUUACAGGGGCGCCGCCUCCGGUAGCCCCGUAUCCAGCACCACCGUAUGCUGCGCCGCUGCCGGCACCACCAGGACCUCCACAUUUAGCAGCGCCUCCCCCGGGGCCACCGCCACACUUGAGUGCCCCACCGGCUGUCUUUCCGCCCUAUGUUACACAUCCGCCCCCUUUUCCGCCAAUGGGGCCACCGGCUGGGCCGUUUUAUCAGUUAACACCACCCCCAGGGCAACAUCCCCCGAGACCAUACUAGUUUUAGGGCUUUCAGUGUUUUGUAAAUUAAGGGAAAUAUUUUUUUUUUAUUUA